AUGGCCACGCCUUCCGUCGGCCAGCGACUCUCCUACGACGGCGCCAUCUGCACGGUGCGCUAUGUUGGCCCCGUCGCCGGCACCUCUGGUGGCCUUUGGCUGGGAGUCGAAUGGGACGACCCCAGCCGUGGCAAACAUGACGGCGUGCACAAGGGUGUGCGCUACUUUUCUUGUCAGCUGCGCCAGGUGGCCGGCGGUGGCGGCGGCGCGGCAGCCACGGCCUCGUACACGGCUGCAUCGACAGCAGCGUCGUUUGUGCGGCCAACGCGGCCAGCCGAUCGGACCCGAACCUUUCUCGAGGCCGUUCGGGACAAGUACGCGUCGACCGAGGCUCCGUCCACAACGUCGUACCGCUUCUCCGGCAAGGUCGCCGAGGAGGUCGGCUUCGAAAAGGUGCGGCGCCAGAUGGCCCAGCUCGAGAGCCUGCGCGUCGUCAUCCUUGACAGCAUGUGUCUCGAUCGAGCCGGUGACGAUGACAGAGAAGACCAGCCAUCCAUACGCGAGACCUGUCCCUGCAUCGCCGAGCUCGAUCUCGGCCGCAACCUCUUCACGUCCGUCCGUGCCGUGGCCGACAUCUGCCGCCAGCUGCCCGACCUCCGAAGCCUUCGCCUCAACAACAACCGGUUCCGGGUCGACGACGACAGCCUCGCUGGCACCGUCAAUGCCGUGCGCGAGCUGUCGGUUGAGGAGACGCUGCUGCCGUGGCUCGACAUCAGCCGUCUGACCGCCUGCUUCCCGGCGCUUGUCUCGCUCAAGGCUGGUGCCAACCAGCUGUCCACACUGCCGCUGUCCAUCUCGGCCCCAUCGCUGCCACUCACGCUGACCACGCUGAGCCUUGAGUUCAACGGCUUCACCGCCCUGGCUGACCUCGCCAGCCUCGCCGGCCUGCCUGUCUUGCACAACCUGCAUCUCAAGGGCAACAGCAUCGCCACCGUGCAGUCAACAACGUCCGAGAACAAAAACGCCAGCCUCUCCUUCUCGCCCAGCAUUCACUACGUUGAUCUCGCCUACAAUCGUGUCGCCUCCUGGGACUUUGUCGACGACCUGGCCGACGUCUUCCCCGGCCUCUCAUCCCUCCGGCUGGCCCACAACCCCGUCUAUGACAAUCCGGCCCUAGACGACAGCACGGCCGCUUCCGACAGCUCCGGCAAGAGUAGCCGCAUCACUUCAGCUACAGCCUCCGCCGAGGAGGCUUACAUGAUCACUGUCGCUCGUCUAGCCGGUCUGCGUACCCUCAACUUCAGCACUGUCACGCCAACAGACCGCGCCAACGCUGAGAUGUUCUACCUCUCGCGCAUCGCUCGUCAGAUGGCCGCCGUGCCUGAAGGCCCCGCCGAGACUGCCGUCGUAGGCCGUCACCGUCGCUUCUCCGAUCUGUGCGCCCUGUACGGCGAGCCGGCCGUUAUUCGCCGCGCCGACGUCAACCCGGCCUUUCUCGAGGCACGCCUCGUCACCGUGCUCUUCUCCCUGGCAGCGGAUCCUCUACAGCAGCAGCUAUCUGUGCAGAUCCCCCGCUCGUUUGACAUGUAUGCCGUCAAGGGCAUCGUCGGCCGCCUCUUUGGCACGCCUCCACAGAAAAUGCGGCUCGUCUGGGAGACAGGCGAGUGGGAUCCGGUCACCGGGAUCGACGACGACGAAGCUGACGGGGAGGCUGGCGAGGACGAGAUUGACGCAGAGGCAGCAGAGCUCGAGGCAGAGCGAGCCAAAGCCGCUGCAGAGGCAGAAAUGGCAGAAAGCGGCACACCUGACGCAACCGACACCGGCCAUCACCACGGAAACAAAACGGGCCGAUGGAUUAAGCGAGAAGUCGAGCUCAAAGACAGCCCGCGCCAGUUUGGCUUCUGUGUCGAAGGCGUCCAGGCCAGGAUCCGCGUGGAGGUCCGCUAA